AUGACGUAUACAUCAGAGUUAUUUACGGCUAUUCUUAAGCUGAAACUUUGCCUUCAGAACGCCUGCUUAUCAGACUUUGUCUUCAGAGUGCAAACGACAACACCAGGUUUGAUUCCGAAUAUAUGCAAUGCAGAAAUUCCCGAAAUUCCAAAUUUAUCAACAAGAGAUCCAACAUAUGUGAUGACAAUGGAAACGACUCAUUGGACAUUUUGUGACGUGUAUUCAAUCAAUGCAUCUCAAUGGUACAGAAGUAAAGCAAAGAUGAGCAACACAAGUUGUCCGAGCAUGUACACGUGUGGAACAAAAUUUCCAAUCUGGAUGAAAGAUAUUGGACAAUCAUCAACACUAGAUCCACAAGAAACAAAAGAACAUUCAACGGGCCUAUCAAAUAUACACGGAAGCACUACAGACAAUGGAGAAACAGACACUUCAAGAAAUGGAGAUACAACUCCAAUCAGACGAACAUACAGUACUUCAAGCCCGAAAACUGAGCAUCCAUUUAGAAAUGGUAUCUUACAUAAUUAAUCAUAAUUUACGUCUUAUGUAAGAUUUAGUUAGUUUAAUAUGAUAUUUUAUUUUCAGACAAAAUGUCUGAAAGUUCUAAAUAUUUACUUUACUUACAAAUCUUAUUACUUUUAUUGUUGUGGUUUUACUAAGUUACCCUAAGUAACUAGGGGAGUCAUUCGGGGUAAAGAUUUUCCCUUGAAGAUUGUUGAACGCAACAUUAUUGUUGCGUUUGUGGUAUGUAAUCUUAUAGUCUAUGAAUCUUUUUCUGUUUAGCGGUUCCGAUAUUCCUACUUCCUUAACCUUUGAACACGUCGUCUACCUUUUAGUUUCCCUUUCAUAUUUCGUUAUUCUUAAUUAAGCAUCAUGUUUGUCGGCUUGCUUAUGCCAGAACUAAGGGGCGUCCAUGAACAGGCCCGAUCCAAUCAAGGAUGCAAUAUUUUCAAUUUUGUCAUUUUGGUGUUCCUUCAGUUGUUUCCCCAUAUCAUUUACCAGUUUAAUGUUCUAGUGCAUCAUGUAUUCAUAUGGUAGAAUGAGUAAAUUAUUUAAGCUAUUUCCACUUUCAGCGAUGCUUUUGAGGUAUACACACGUAUUGAUGCGCAUCGUGUGGCUGAAUAAAUGACCAGUUCUCAUUGUAAAUAAUUAUUUCAAGUUAACUAUAUAUAAAUAAAUCUGUCAAAUCUUUUCAGUCUUAGAUAACAGAUCUACCCAGUUAACUAUUGCACUAUCAGUGAUUGGUAUUUUGAUCGCAGUUAUCUUGAUUAUUGAUCGUUAUC